AUGCCGUACAAGCUGCUUCUGUAUCGUGGCUGGAAAAAUAGCGAUCUAGAGUUUGACGACAAGCACCGUUUCAUAUACCUUGCAGAGAACAAACCUGGAGAACCCGCAGCAGGUAACUGCUUCGUUCGACUGGAGGAGAUUUAUAAGCGCAUGAAUGCUAAUGCCAUAGAAUAUCACGAUGAUUGUGCAGGAGCCAUUUUGCAUCGCCAGGUCCACAACAACUUGCACAAUGGAGGUGAUAAAAUAAUGGACGAAGCCUAUGAAAAACGUAACGAACUCCAGCAACAAGGCUUAUGGUUGCUCAGAUUCCGCUGCUGGGCUGUCGAAGGUUUCCAAUCUGAAAAGCAUGAGCUAGAUCUCUGGAACCGGCUUUUUGAGAACGUCUUUACUUCUAACGACCAAUUGGCUCAUUUCGAAGUGUUUACAGUCUGGGCAGAACUAUUGCGUAAGUCGCAGGGAGAUAAGCUAGGAGUAAAAGACUUCUUUGGUCGCUACUGGGAUGCUGUGGUUCCAAAUGAAGACCGUCCUAUGUUCAAAACCGGGUUCAUGAUUAUUGUGGGAGCGCAAUACUUUCAAAGCCGCAACCUCGAUGAUCAAAAUCCGGCGGACUGCAACCUUGUGAGACAGGAGGUGUGCGAUGGGGUCGGACGUGCUGUGAAUGCACCACGCCUCAGGUUCAAACCUCCCCUCACGGAAGACAAUGUCGUUUUCCCGGAUUGGGUUGAGAAAAACAACAUUACUUUUACGGAAGACUUCGACAAAAUUGAAUGGGGAUAUCUUUUCGAUCAUCCCGGAGGUCUUUAUACCAUUCUGGUGGACCUACCAGAAGGAUACGGUCCCCCUCAGGAGCUACAUUCUCGGGGUCUUCAAGUUCAUCUGAAUAAAUGUGGGCAAGCAGAAGUAACAAGAACUCUUAUCAACAAUGAUCUCCUGAGUACCUUGAUUAAAAAGAGAUAUCCAACACAGGACAAAUGCGUGGCUGAUGCUGGGUAUUCUGCGAAUUUGGCCAUGUCGAAGGCAUAUCCGGACUUUUAUCCUAACGCCACCAUCGCAAAGAAAGGAAGGGUCGCAGAGUGGCUCCAUAGAUCGGCCUUUAGUUAUGGAGGAUUUAUAAACGGCAUUGCGAACAGUUCCCAGAACGCUAACAAUCUUGUCCUUGGCACACCCCAUACUAACACGGUUAUGGUGAGAUAUGAAGCUUUCGUCAAACGUCUCGCCACUUUCUCAAAUAAUAGACAAGGAACAGUGAUCGGUAAUACUGAGAUUAACUAUCCGGCCGUCACAGACCCGAAUGGAUGGAUGGGAAAAGAUCACCACCGAUAUACUUGGUUAGCAGAUAAUCUCCACUACCGCUACUACAAUAAGAACGACAACAUCAACAACAUCAACAACAACAACAACCCAAAUGCACCUGACGUCGAUCGACCUGCAACUUUCAACCUCUGA